UUAUACCAUUAUUUAUGUCUCCUCCCCUUCAUCAUUUCUAGCAACCAUACCAAGAGGCUGAAAUAAUGGAAGGCUCCUCAUUGGUUAAUCCUCUCCCAAGAAGGUACCCCUUUAAGACCAUAUUAUUAAUUUUCUUCUAUUUUUUUUUUAUCCUCAAACUUGAUUUUUGAUUCUUCUAAUUGACCACAACUUAGGCUAGAAGGGAAAGUUGCCCUAAUAACCGGUGGAGCUAGCGGUAUAGGGGCAUGCACAUCCCGAUUGUUCGUCAAGCAUGGUGCCAAGGUCAUUGUCGCAGAUAUUCAAGAUGAGCUCGGCCGAUCCCUUUGCGACGAAAUCGGAGACGAGGAUACGAUCUCUUUCGUCCACUGCGACGUCAGCAUCGAGGCUGACGUGGAAAUGGCGGUUGAUACAACCGUUUCAAAAUUUGGAAAACUUGACAUAAUGUUUAGCAAUGCGGGCAUCACAGGGAACAUGGAUUCUCAAAUUAGUUCGCACGAGAACGAAGAAUUGAGACGGGUUGUAGAUGUUAACCUAAUUGGUUCCAUUUGGACUGCCAAACAUGCAUCUAGGGUCAUGAUCCCGACCAAGAGCGGGGUUAUUCUAUUCACUUCGAGCGUUUGUUCGGUGACUUUUGGAGUUGUUAACCAUGCUUAUUCCGUAUCCAAACUAGGCAUAGUGGGAUUGACAAAAAACUUGUGUAUUGAAUUGGGAAAAGAUGGUAUUAGGGUUAAUUGCAUUUCUCCUUUUGGCGUGGCCAGCCCGAUGCUCCAAAGCACUCUCGAAAUGGAUAAGGAGAAGGUCGAAGAGUUUGUCAAAAAGAUUGCAAACUUGAGAGGACAAUCGGUUGAGGUUGAUGACGUGGCAAACGCGGCACUUUACCUAGGAAGCGAUGAAUCGAAGUAUGUAAGUGGAUUAAACCUAGUAAUUGAUGGAGGAUAUAGCUUAACAAAUGGAACUCUUUUAGCAGUUCUAAAGGAUCUAACUGGUUGAAUCUAGCUAUUAUUUAGAGCUUGUUUGUUAUGUGAUAUUCCGAUCUUAGCACAUUGGAGCUUGUUUGUUUGAU